AUGGCCUCGACCUCAGACACCAAGCCCGCCGGCGCCACCACCGACGACAAGCCCACCGAGCAGAAGCCCACCGAGCAAAAGGCCACGACGGCCCUCGGCGAGGAUGACGAGUUUGAAGACUUUCCCGUCGACGACUGGCCCGAAGACCAGACCGAGGCCGCCAGCGGCAGCGACCCCAAGCACCUGUGGGAGGAAAGCUGGGACGACGAUGAUACGAGUGACGACUUUUCCGCGCAGCUAAGAGAGGAGCUGAAAAAGGUCGAGGCGGCCAAGCCGAGGUGA